GUGAGCUCAUGCGUAGUACAACUGAGAAUCCAAGAUGGCGGACGAACAAGAGUCACAACCUACAAGGAUAACAUGCGGGUUUUACGUGAAAAGAAAGAAUCGCUACUGCAAAAUGAUCGUCGGGAAGGGCAAGAAAUACUGCGGGGAGCACAUGCACUUGAGCGGAGAGCAUGGGGAGGAUAAUCGUAAAAGAAUCCCAUGUCCAUUGGACCCAAAACACUCAGUAUAUGAAGAUCAACUUAAAAACCAUUUAAAGCGAUGUAAUGUUAAGAAAAAGACAGAUGUUGUAUACUAUGCAAAGAAUAUAAAUUCUGGCAUUGUUGACUACAAACCAUCUUCAGAAGAAAAGAUUCCAUUGUCAUCAUUUCCACAAGACUGUAUUUCCAAAGUUAUUCAUAAGUUGAAAAAAUUCUUUAAAGACAAUAAUCUUGAGGUUAUGCCUCACAUCAUGUCACAUGAUGCUUUCAAAGCAGAAAUGUCCCAGGAAGGUUACGGCCCCUCGGUCCAUAAACACCUUAAACAGCAGGCAUCUCUUGUUGGUAACAUGGAGAGACUUGGUCUUCUUCAACCAGAUACAGUCUACCUGGAGUUCGGAGCAGGAAAAGGCAAGCUGUCUCACUGGGUACAGCAGGCUCACCCAGAGGGUGGCAAUGUGGAGUAUGUAUUGAUUGACAGAGCCAGUAACAGAUACAAGUUUGAUUCUUGUCAUAAAAGAGGCGACAAUGGACCAGAUUUUAAAAGAGUGUUACUAGAUAUUGAGCAUCUUAAUUUAGGGGAGCUUCCUCAUCUAGGGGAUAAAGCAAGAAGGAUUGUUGCUGUUAGCAAACAUUUGUGUGGGACUGCAACAGAUUUAACCCUCCGCUGCUUGCUGGAUACAUUACAUGGCUAUUCAGCCACUGAACCAGACAGUACCCUAAAGUCAGAGCAAAAAGACGCAAAGCGCCGUAAAUUAGAUGCGGCAGGCCCUUCAGUGAUUGGUAUUGUGGUCGCCCUGUGCUGUCACCACCAGUGUUACUGGCCACAUUAUGUAGGGAGACCUUUUUUGGAGUCUUUAGGGAUAACACCACAGGAAUUUCACCUGUUAUGUUGUAUGAGUAGCUGGGCUACCUGUGGUAUGCGACCACCACAGGGAUCCAGUAAGGAGGCUGAACACUGUAACACUGAUGAAUCAGAUUCACAAAUUGUACAGGAUAAGUGUAUGAGUGACAGCAUGGAUGAAGGCGAUACUCCACCCCAAACAGGCUACAAGGGACUUGGUCUGAGCAUUGCCGACCGUGAAGAGAUUGGGCGCCAGUGCAAGCGCUUAUUGGACGCCGGUCGCGUGUGGUACUUACGCGAGAAGGGUUUCAAUACCUCAUUAGCAUAUUACGUCGAUUCUUCCGUUUCCUUAGAAAAUGUAGUACUGCUAGCCACAGCGAACACGUGACACACGACCUCUGUUUUUAUUGGCUGGCCAUCUAUUAGUACAUAAGUAAUGGCUAGUCACCUCCAGAAUUGACCCUGUGAGCGAUACGAUUUUUAAACGACAUGUUUGGGGGUUAGGGCGGCAUUUAUUGAAGAGGUGCUUAUUGUGGGGGGGGGGGGGGGGGGGGGCUUAAUUUAUUUCGGCCGAAAAUACCAGCUUCAGAAUCGAUAGAGAACAAAACUUUGGAUGUGAUAGACUGAUACGACAGUAAAUAGACGAAUGAAACGAAUGCGCUCUUAUUGACGUGACGGAAAAACAUGACUUAACGCUCCAAAUAAGCUCAUUUCAGAUCUAAUAAGGCGGAAAAUUUAUCUAAGUACUUAGUGAGUAAUAGCAAACAAAAUAUCAAAUGCGACUUUUUUAAAAUUGA